AUGAACAGCUUGAUCCUUGCCAUCAGUCUAGCUCUCAUCGUCGGCAGAUCCGCCGGUCAAUCGUCGCCUACUCUUGAUCCUACUGGCCAGCAGUCCGCAAAUGAUGCAAUCAUGAACGGGGCGCCUACACCCGUCCCGGCCAUGAGCCCUAGCGGAGCAACCACCCCGACCGUCGGCGUCCCAGCAGCCGGCGUGAAUGCCACCGCAGCGGUGAACGGCACGGCUGUCGUCGGAAGCACCAACAGUACAUCCACAACGGCGAAUGGCUUCUUGCUCAACUCGACCGCCUCUGUCUUCGUCAUGGAACAGAACAUCAACUGGAGCAACUCUAACUUCAGCAUCUACGACAAAAACGGCACGGUCGCUUACCAGAUCACAAACCAUUACGCCGGCGUCAACCUGACUGCGAAAGAGUUCGUGGUUCAAGAUGCCAUGACUGGCGAGAAGAAACUCAAAAUCGAUGCCCGUGUUAAAGCUUGCGGGUUCGGACAAGUUUACGAGGCUGAUGACGGCACCACCUUCACCCUGGACCCGCGCGCAUUCCUCUCUGACAGAUGGUACAUCAAAAACGAAAGCUCCGAUUACACUUUCAAGCGGGCUGCCUUGAGCAUGGAGGGCAAGAUCCUGGAGAAUGAGAGGAUGGUUGCGCAGAUCACCGCCCGUGCGAAUUCCACCUCAACAUCAAGCUCGACCAAGCAGCUGACCGUGACCUCAGACGGAAGCAUUCGUCCCUGGGACUUGAUUGCUUUGAUGGCGGUCGUUAAGACCCGAAUUGCUACCUGUGGCUAUUAG